UCUGUCACCGGUUCCAUCGCUGCGAUUCCGUCAUUUCUACGAUGUCACACAUUUUGGUGAAGUGGCCCAAGCAAAACGCAUGGGACGUUUAUCCGAUUCGUGUUCUCGUGGACGUCGAACUCGGAAGAAAACUGUCUGUGCACCCCGAACACGUGGAAGCCAUCCAAGGAAAAGUGCUUGUGAGAUGGAAGGACUGCACAAAACCGGCACGGGCAUAUAUCUUGGCAGUUGGCACAGAGUCUGCCAUGGAACGCAAGAGAACGAAAAUUGUGAAUGAAUGCCUCUCCCAAGCCACUGCUUCGUCCAUGUCGGACACCGAAGACACGGCGGAUGAGGACCCGUGCUGCAGCCACCUCCAGGAAAUUGAUUCUCUAAGACGGGAGAGCCAAGAGCUCCAAGACAAGCUACGGAAAGCUGAGGAGGCCCUUGCUACUGUCCAACAAGCACAAUAUAAUAUGCACAAUGUCACACAGAUCUCACUCAAGUUCAUAUACCACGAGUCCGACGAAAAUCUCAGCAGCCCAUUGUACGAAUAG